UUCUCGACGUGGUUCUUCCGCUUGCAGUCGGUGGCCAAUCUGCAUAAUAGUCGAAAAUGGUUAUUUAUUACAUAUAACUCUAAUAGUACGUCACUAAUACUACACGUAUAUGUGUAUAUAUUAAAAAACUCGGAAUUAAUUUUUUUAAAAAUGAUUUAAACAGAAAUAGGGAAAUUUAGGGAUAUUUUAUUCCACUGACGGGGAAAUUUUUAAAUUAGUCUGUUAGCAAUAUGGCGAAUGCGAGGAAGAUCGAAAUAUAGCGGUUGAAAUUGUCAAAACUUGUACAAAACUAAUUAUUAAGGAAUAUGAAUUGUAGCAAAGGGAGAGAUUCGUUGGAUAUGGUAAAACAGUGGAUUUUAGAACACGCCUGUAAACACCGGAUGGAAAAGGUUAUUAAAGCUAUUUUUAGAAGAGGUAUUGAGACCCUACUGAAAUGGAAGGAAAUUUCUGAAAUAUCUAUCAAUCCAGCUUUCAUGUUUGUAACUCUUGUUGAAUGUUUUCAAGAAAUGCUUCAUAAUUAUAUUCAAAAGAAACAAGAAAUAAUGUGGAAUAACAAUUUUAGCAUUUUGAUAGCGGAUUUGUUAGAAGAUUUAUAUAAACAGAAUCGUUUCAUAUCUUUCAAAAUGUUUAUAAAUAUAAUUACCAGAUUGAAAUUAUUGGAAAUCAUGCAAUUAAUGAAAGCAGGAAAAGAUUCACCAUUUAUUGUACGUCAGUUAAAUAAAUAUUUUCCUCACUGGAAUAAAACAACACAGGAACAAAUUCAGAAGUCAUUCAAUUUAUCUAAUGCUGUUUCUCUUAGAAAGGCCAGAAAAGUCAUAACUGUAUGUCGCAGAUUUAUACUUGGUCUUUUAAUCAAUGAUGAUAGAUGGAAAAAAUAUGCAAAAAAUAAUUUUGAAGAUGACAUGAAAAGUUUUGCACUUGUUGUCAGUGAAGAUUUAAAAGAAGUUAUGAAUAUUUUGAGACCAGAAUUACCUCUUUCACCUAUUGAACAGAUACUGAAUGGAGCAAAUGAUGAUCUCUCCAAUUCAUCUGAUCCAUUUGUUCAAAUGUUGUUAGAACAUCUCCAUGUUGGCAUGGGUCAAGAUGAUUUUCUUAUCCUUCUAGCAAGUUUAGAUCCUGAAACUGAAUCUCAAGUUAAUCCAACCUCGUUGGCUGGCAUUUUAGACAUUAUCAGUGAUUCUGCAUCAAUAGCAAGUGAUGUGAAAGUAGUAAUAGAUGAAAGCGGUGGGGAAUCUGAUACACCUACUGAAGUAUAUGAUAAUGUUAUUAAUGGUUCAGAAGCUAAAGAUAUGUUUAAUGAAGAAGUAGUGGAUUUAGAAGCAGAAGAAACAGUGGUAUUAGAAGCUGAAGAAACAGUCGAAGCAGAAGCAAAUGGGGAACUUAAUAAAAGUCCAAUCUCUGAUAAUGAAGAAAAUAUUAAAGAUUGGGAUGAAAUAGUAUCUCCUUCUGAAGAAGAACAAUCCAAUGAAAGUGAAUCUAAGCUUUGUAUACCUAAUUUAGAGCAUCAGUUAGUAAUUGGAUGUGGAAGACCUUGUCUAGUCAAAUUAAAUGAACAUAUGGUGUAAAUGUUAGAGGGAUAAUUAUUCCACUUACCGCUUCACCAACAGCAAGACUUUUGUCCUUGGCUUUACUCGGCCAUCUCAAUUAUUUAAUACAAUUGUUUGAAAAAUGCUUUUGAAUAAAAGAUAAAAAAAAUUGUUAACAUUACAACUAAAUAAACUCAAGAUUUAUUCUUGUGAUAUUUUAAAAAAUAAAAUAAAAAUUAGAACAGGUUUAUUUAUAUGCAUAGAUGUAAAGAAUUCGCAUCAUUACAAUGUAUAGAUACUUGAAAGAGUACGAUUAAAAAAAUUGUUUACUGAGAGAAUUCAUGUAA